AUGGUGCUGCUGCUGCUGCAGAUCCCCCGGCGUUGUUAUCUCUGCGCGCCAGCCGCUCUGAGCCGCCCCCUCCAGCUUUGAGCGCGGAAGCUCCUCUUCUCUCCCCCCCCCCCCCGCCGCGCUGCCCGCUGGAUCCGGGCCUAAGAGUAGAGCGGCGCCGCACAAGGGCCCCCCCGGCCCAUCCCCCUGCCUGGCCUCGCCCGGCGCGGCUUGGGGAGGGGGCGUCCCGUCGGGUCUUCCUUGCCUCUGGCCGCCGGUGAGCCCGUUCAGUCCUAGCCAAGUCCGCCCGGGCGCUCCAGCCUUAAAGACGCACAGGCAGGGCCAUCAAUUGGGCACCCGGGUAGGAGGAGCCAGCGCGGAAGUGUUAGCAAAGUUUCAGAGGGGGGAGCGAGUGGGGGGGACGCGGGGAGGGGAGGGGGUCCCCGCUUCUCCGGCCGCCUCGCAGAAGCGGCCACCGCCCGGCGGCUCUGCCUUUGCUCGCAGGCCUGCCUGGGGGCUCCCUCGGCUCCACCGCUGAGCUGGCGGCCCCGAUCCCGGGAGCAAAGAGGCGUCGCGGGAGCGGCUAGGCCUGUGCCAGGGCCCUGACCCGACAGCUUCUCCGGCUCCCCAAGCCGAGGACAGCUUGGGCUGGGAAGCAGCGCCUUCUGGGCUGGCCCCUUCUCGGCUUAUCACGCUGGGCCUCGCCUCUCCAGCUCCCGGUAUGUGUGCUCCGCGGUGGUCCCCGCUCCUUCCAGACCCUUCCACCGCCCCCUGCUAAACUGGCUGUAGAUACAAGAAGGGCAGCUGGGGUGGGCGAUAGAGGACCCUGCCUCCCCCUUCGGGGCUCAUCUCUGGCAAUUGUCUUAAGCUGCCGCAAAUGUCUCUGCUCAAGGAGCCCCCCGAGUUUUGGCAUUGUCUCUUCGCCCCCCCCCCCGCCUCUCUCCAGGAGCUUUAUGGAGCCGCCUGGAUCGGGUCUGCUUUGGAGGAGGGAGCCUUCCUUGACCAGCAUGUGGGGCGCCCUUUGCGGCCUUCCCCUCUGGAGAGAUAGUCACCCUCCCUUGAGUGCAGUUCCUAAUCGCCAGUCGCCCUUCUGUGGCAAGGAUUCUUCCGAGCAGGAGAAGCGCCGGGUUCUUCCGGGGCCCUCCGGCUGCUUCUCCUUCGGGCGGCGGCGACCCUCCAGCUAAAUGCCCCUCGGGGGUUUGUGGCAGCCUCGCUUAUUGUUCUCGGGACUCUGGUUUUACCUCGCCGCGCAAUUACGCACAAUUGCAGCGCCUUCACCAGCUUGGCGGCCCCGAAAUAGCCCCGCGGGGACUUCGGGGAGAGGUUUCUCUUCCUCCGGAGCCGACAGAGCCACGGAGGGGUUUUCCUCCGCUUGGUGGAAGGGAAAGGAAGGAAGAGAAAGGCAGGCUUCGCACCCCGCGAGAGCCGCUCCACGCUCUCCUUCGCGGACGCACGGAAUUUUGUUGCUGCUGCCGCUGUUGAAGAUGUGCUUUGUUAUUAUCACUAUGACUAUUGUUACUGUUGUUACUAUUGGUAGUAGUACUAUCAGUAGUACUCUUCGUAGUAGUACUAUUAUUCGUGCUAUUACUGCUAUUAUUAUCUUGGGCACCCUCAGGUUUCCCUCUCCCUCAGCGCCGGCUCCGGCUUGUUCAGCGGGCGUCCUUGACGUGCGUGGCCCGUAGGAUCCGAGACGCUGCCCCGAGGAGCCGCUGCCUCCGCUCCAGGUUUGCCCCUCGCGUCUCCCUGUGUGCCCUCCGGGCCCUCCUUCCCCACCCAUCGAGGCCACCUUAGGGUCUUCUUCCCCCUUUCCGGCCCUCCACCCUCCGGUUCUUCCCCUGCGCUCUUGCGAGCGAGCCGACUCGCUGCCCCGCCGGAGGUGCAGGGCGGCUUCGGCGGCGUCCCAGGGUCUCUGGUGGAUCGGGCCCUCCGGCUGCUUGCCUCGCCGCCUGCGGCCCAGCUGGGCGCUCCGCUAGGCCCCUUCGCCACCCCCGCCGCUAAUGCAAGGCAGACGUGCAACAUCCCCGUAAAGGGAGCCAUAAAAAGCGGCUCCCCCCCCCAAGCGCUGUAAAGAGCAUUUCAAAGCCCCCCGCGGGCCGCCUGCUGGGGAGGGGAGUCUGUAGACAGGCUGGGCGGCCCCGACCUCCCCCCGACGGCUAGCCCGGCCUCUCCGGAGAGAGGGGCCUCCAUGGGGUUCCCCACUCCCCUCCAGGAUGCACCCCGACUAUUCUAACCCCCCCUCGACUGCCUGGAGUUUUAUAGCCUCCCCAGUUCUAAAUGGCCCAUAAAAGCGCCGCGUCUGGGAGUGAUUAAGGCCCGCAGCGCGGGGCUUUGGGCAGGUUUUGAGUUUCACUGCCCGGACCGGCCGUAAAAGCCUCAUACAAAUAGCUCCAUGAUCCCGCACGCUUGUAAACCCCCCCUCCUUCCCUCCCUCCCAGCCUGUCCCCCUCCACAGCCAGCUGCUGAGAGGCCAGGCCUGUCCUGUCCAAACCUCGGGUCCGCCUGCGCGCAAAGGGCUCCCGGUGGACGCGCACCGAGGGCCCCCUGUAGCCGGUCGGACUCGGCCGGAAGAAGGCACAAGACCCCCGGGAAAGCCCACGGCGCAAGCAGCAGAAAAAGAGGGAAUGGGGGCGGUAUCUCUGAAGGUUACGGGGUGGGGGAGGGCAGGAAAAUCCCUUCCCUCCCAUCUACACCCCAAAUGUAGGCGCACAAUUAUAUAAUUGGAGAGUUGGAAGGGACCUCCGUGGGCCAUCUAGUCUAACCCCUUGCAAUCCAGGAAGCGCAACUAAAGAAUCCUGGACAGAUGGCCACCCAACCUCUGCCCGGAGGACUUCGCCAAUGGGCGGAAGAGAAACGGAACAUGGACAUCAAUAUAUCCCAGAGCCAUCUCACACCUCCGGAGGAAGCGCGAAAGGCCCGGGAGAAGCCGGCAGCGCUAGCCACGGCCGUCCGCAUUCCGCUCGCCUUCCGCACCCUCCCUGCGACCGACUUCCACCACCUUCUUCGCCCCAAGCCAAUCCAUAGCAUCUUCUUCGGUGUGGGCGCGCGAUAUCUGGGAAAGUCCUAAGAGAGUCGUUCGUCCUACAAGCCGUAGCCUCUGCCCACACCCAAGGCCAGAAGAGGCCGGAUGAAAGACGAGGGAAAGGGCGGGUGCGUUCACACGAGACACGGCAAAGCACUUGUGGGGGGCCUCUCUGGCUGUGGGAACGUGGCCAGCUGCCCCCGGGCAUCUCUGAGCCAUCAGCCCCGUUGCCUGCUCCUCCAAUCACCCUGAAAGGCCUGUUAGCCAGAAACCCCGCAAGAUUCAGAAGUCGCCUUUUGUUUCCCACUCCCUUCACAACAUUCAUGAGGAUAAAAGUGGCUCUGGGUUUGUAACAGGAAGGUAUAACCUCCGCGGGGCAGAAUGCUUAUUCGCAUGAUAAUCGCCGCCCCGCAAGAACACCAUCUAGACGUUCAGCUUACAGGCCUGGGGCCCGAGGGUCUCUGAGCCUCCCUCCUCGCCGGCGGAGGCACUGAAGGCCCAGCCUCCUCGCGUGUCGGGCGGCGGAGCUGCGGGCCUGACCUGUGAACGAGGUUCCGACGCCCUGUUUCCCAGUCCCGCGGUCUCCGCUGCCCGACCCGCAUCCUGACGGCCGGGUGGAACAGCAGGUGUGAGGCGCAGGCAGCGUCCUGCCCUGCCCAGGCCGGAGAAAGGCGCUGGCGGCCGGGUCGUGGCUGCUCAGGGCCAGCCCAGGAGAGCCCCAAGCAGGGUCUGCUCCUUCCCGGAGCCGCCUUCCACCCCUCUAUCGUCUCCUGGUCCCUUAUGUAAUCUUUUGCUUGUUUUAGGUUAACACAGAACAAAGGAAACCUAUAGAAGAUAAAUAUUUGGAAAGUUAGAAGGAAUCUGUCAGGUAAGGGGAUGCGGUAUGCUCUUUCUAGAGCUGUAAGGGUUCGGAAAACCUUUUUUUUAAUUAAAGAAAUAAAAUUGUCAGCUGAAACCCGAAUACAUCCCCCUCUGUUUUCCCGAUUGCAUUUUCUUCUCGGCCCAGCCUGCAAAGGGGAAUCGGCCCCGAUCCUGCCCGGGCUGUCGGAGCGCCUAGAUGGUCUGUGGCUGAGGUUCCGCUCCUUUUGCCUGAACCCAGUCAGUCUCCUACUCCCCAUUUCCCCCCAAGAAACCUGGAGACGGGCUCCAGGCUUGGCCAGGCCCCAAACCACCCUUCGGCGUCAUUUCACGUCGGAGAACAGUCUCUCGGAGAUCACUGAGGCAGCGUCAAGGAAAGCCCGCCGGCGGAGAGGUUCCUCUUUGUAACCGUCGCGCGCAAAGCCACGCACCCCCAAAACCCCAGAAUGAAAGCAGGAGCUCCCCGCGUAGAAUCACCUCGGUAUUGGGGGGUGCAAUGCAGUGUGGUGGGGGGCUCCUCUGCCCACAGAUCCCCCCCCCCAUGGUUCGGAUCAGGCCCAGCACUUACAGCAGGUGAGGAAGCUCCUCCCGCGGAUCCCAAGGCUUCCACCCCGAAUAAAUUCGCUUCUUGCGUUAGAGCCCCCCCUCUAUAGUCCCCCCCCGCCCUGUUAAAAGUUUUGGCCCAUCCCGGAGCCGAAGUGGUUAAGCGCAGCUGUCACUCAGCGCCCGGCGGGCUGCGCGCCCCUCCGCUCGGGGGCCUUUAAUCCCCGCUCGCCGUGAUAGAUGGGCCGUUUACACGAGCGAUUAGGAGCGGAUGGAGCCCGCCAUGGCCACAGCCGCGCGGGCGGGGGGGGCGGCGGAUCGGGAGAGCGCUCCGCCAGAUGGUGACUUUCAUGUCGGGACAAUCCCCAGCGCGUCGCCUCAUCUGCUUUUGCUGAGGGAGGGGAGCCUGAAAAAUGGAAAUUGGGAGGGUGGGGAUGAAAAUCAUUAGGAUCGGAACAGGGGAGGGGGCUAACUUUGGUGUGAAAGCACCGCAAGAGUAAGCGGGAGGACGGGGCAUUGUCUCCCGGGCGGGGCGCUCCAGAUUCCGGCCUCCGUCCAUUCCGGAGUCGAUCCCAAAGGAACUCGCCUUCCUUUCCCAACCGGCGAAACUCCCUUAUGGUUCUGGACAAUAGGGGCGGGAGGCGCCUAUGGAAAGAGAGGACCCCCCCCAUCUCUCACGCCAGGGGAGCCUCCCUCGCCGCCCCUCGCGGGUUCCUUCUAUGCGGGUCUGCCUCACCGGCUCCGCUUUGCUCCGGGAUUUCAGCGAAGCCGCGCGGGAGUCUGGCAAGCGCCGCCGGCCGCGCUUUCUCCCUUUCGUCCUUUCUUACUUGCUUUCCCUUUCCAUAGUUCACCCCUCUCUCAAGACCUGCGCUAAGCGGCAGGAGUGAAAACGCGCCGGGCCUUCCCUCGCCUGCUCCUUCCUCCUGCCUUCCGAGAGUCCCCUGAGCGAGACCGGCGGCAGGUGGAAGGCGCAUCUUUCCUGGGCGCCAAAGGCUCCGAUCCCAAGACUUCUCCGAGCGGGUAGGUGACGGUCAAAAUACCGGCAAAAUGCAUCUUCAGCCAGAAGCGCACUGGAUGCAGAAGAACCAGCAAAGCCCCAUCAAGCGGCUAACACAACGCGGAAGGCGAGGCGGCUCCUGGCGUAGAGAUGCGCUGCAUCAGUUCUGAAAGGCAAACGCUAUUUUCAUUUGCAUCUGUUGCCGCAGAAGUAGCUUUCUGGAGAUCCCGAUGCGGAGCGAGGAGAGUGGAAGGCCGCUGACCCGAAACUGGGGAAGAGAGGCGCUCCAUCUGGCGAGGAAGGGAGGUGCGAAAGUCCCGCGGGCUGCGGAGUUUUGACGCGGAGCCAGGAAGGAGGGAGCCCGCCGCCGGGGCUACAGAUCCGCCGUGGCCUCAGGAGACCGCGCAGGAGCACCCCCGCUGCCUCCUGUCCUCUCUGAAGGUGGAGGGGGCAGGGAAAAGCAGGCGCACCCCAAGAUCUAGUCCAAGGUAAAGCCACCCAAAGCGCAAAGUCUCCAAGUCGCCCUCGCUCCCGCUUCCCCUCGCCAGCCGUGCGCCACUUUACAGUUGCCGAAAAGACGUGCGGACGUUUGCAACGAAAUGCGAGAGAGAUAAAGGCGGCGUUCCCGGGCUGGCUGCUUGCUCAGGGCCUGCAGUCGCCGGCUCCCUCCCGCCCACCUCCCCGGCUGCAGUCGGACAUGCCUGGCCAUUCUGACCCUCUCGCCGUUUCCGCAGGGCGGCGAAUGUCGGGGCGCAGCGGGGCCUUUCUCGUCUGGGCGCCGCGACCAAAUCCAUCCCCUCCUUUGGCGGUUUACGCGCAAGCUGAUCUCCCGGAUUCCACUCAGGGGUUCGCCUCUCUGCUUUAGCGCCUUAGUUUUCGUUUGUCUGUUUUUAACGCUGCUGAUUUUAAAAUGUUGGCGCCUGGAGCGUCUUGGUUGACAAGGCGGACUAAGAGAGUUUUUAUCCGCGAGCGAAACCAGAGGCCUGGAAGGGCUGCCUGGCGCACGUCGGAUAAAUCAUUUCUCCGACGGCGCGCGUCUGUUUGCUGCAAUGGGGCCUUGGAGGCUGGCGAGGGGCCCUUGCCCAGUGAGUCGAGGCCUGUUUGCCGGUGGCCCCGAUCCCUUCUGUCCCUGGUUCCACAGAGCUCCUCUUAGCCGUCUUAUCUCCCUCCUUAGCACUGACAAUCCGUCCGUCGCCGCCUCCCAGUCCAGCGCCCGAACCUCCCUCGGCGCCUCUGCGGGAGGAGAGCUGUGGACGCGGGUGGCGCGCAGGAUUUGACUCGGGACUCCUCAGGGAACAGCCCAGGGGAGGCGCUCUGGGAAAGGCAGGCCCAGGAAAGAUUUCUAAGCCACAGCGAAAGUCCAGCUCGCCCGGGGUUGCCUCUUUGAUAGCCCUACAGCAAAGGAAACGGGUUUGUUUGUUUGUUUGUUUAAAAUUAUACUCUGCUUGAUUGUAAAAAGCCUCAAAAUGGUUUAUAAAAAGAACGAAAUAUAAAAUUAUCGAUAAAAACAGUUAUAAGCAACAUUCGAAAAAUUAAAACCACCCAUAAACUAAAAUCAGAAGAAAACAAACACCAACAUUUUACCUGAGUAGGUUUGUCUAAGCAAGGGUGCGUUUAGCAGGCGCAGAAAAGAGCGCAGGGAAGGAGCCCACCUGCUGUCAAUCGGCAGGGAGUUCCAGAGGACAGGCGCUGCCACACUAAGAGAUCGACUUCUUACGAGUGAGGAACGGGCGUCGUCUGGCACCCAUCACAGGGCCAGAUCCACAGUUCUCCCAGACUAUUGUUGUUAUUAUUUUAUUUAUGUACUUACUACAUUUAUAUACACCUCUAAAUUCCAAGGAGCUCAGGGUGGUUCCAUGGUUCUUUUCCUCACGACAACCCUGUGAGGGGGAUUAGGCGAAGCGAUGGUGACUGACUCCAAAGUCUCUCUAGCCAUUAUGCCACACGGGCUCUCAGCUGUGGUCCAAAUAGCUCAGUGUUGCCCACCUCCCUCUGUUUUCUCCUUACAACAACCCUGUGAGGGAGAUUAGGCUAAGAAACAGUGACUGUUUCUUGGUCACCCAGAGCUUCGUGGCUGCUUUUGAGCUGCGAUUCCUCCGGUCUUAGCCCAGCGCUCUGACCAGGAAGUCUCGCUGAGACAAAGGACCUCAGUCGACAGACAAGCCACUUUCCUCCAAAGCGUCCGCGCCUCCCUCCGGCUUCUGUCUCGCCGCUACAGCUGAGGCCACAACACAGCGGGGAGUUUUUAAGGCCCCACCCGAUGCGUCUGAAGCACACAAAACCUCCGUUGCAGGGGGUUGGACUAGAUGACCGUUUGGGACCCUUCCAACUCUACAAUCCCGCGAUUGCAUGAAAGCCUGAUGCCAUAAUGAAGACCCGGCCCCCCCCAUUUUUUUUCUGCAGCAGACUAAGGCGGGGCGCAACCUCUGGAAGAAAGAGGCGUCUUCGCUGCCCUGGCUCAGCCUGUGAGGGAGCGUUAUACAGGGACUCGGGGCGUGUUCGCAGGGACACUUCAACCUGCAAGUAGAGACAAAUGCUCCUCCUGCCCUCCCUGGUUCCUCCCCGCUCCAUGCCUCGUACAGACACUGCCCCCCCCCCCCGCCGCCCUGCACACCGUCUCGCAUAAUGCCCUGUGACACGCACCAGGAAAUUGCUGCAGAGGGGGAUCCUUGCAGGCCCCCAGCUCAUUCUCAGCAGGUCUUGCGUCUCUCCCCCCGCCCCGCUCUCCUCCAGCAUCUUCCUCCCCCCCCCCCCGCCCCCACUCCCAGCUUAUCUGGGGCGUUGACAGGGAAAUUGAGUUAAGUGAUGGAGAAGAAUGUGCUCGUGGGGCGAGCAGCUCCCUCCCAGGCCUUUAGAUGCGCGUGUUUCUGCGCGCGCGUGCGCGUGUGCUAAUCUCAGUUGUCAAGAGCGCGAGGACUAGCUGGGCUCCGCAGCUACUUAAGUGAACGGAGGAGCGCCUUGCGAAGACCAAGACGCCGAGGAGGGGCCCCUGGAUCAGGCCGUUUUUAAACGAUGGCUCUUGAUUUAAUUGUAUAUAAGCGAUAUUAUUUGUAGCCUUAGUUUUAGGCUAAGUGUGGAUGCCACGUUGGAGCUGGAAGGCGGGCAAGGUGUAAACGGGAGCGGGUGGCGCUGGGCUUGCUGGUCAGAAGGUCAGCAGUUCUAAUCCGCGCGAGGAGGUGAGCUCCCGUUGCUCCGUCCCAGCUUCUGCCAACCUAGCAGUUCGAAAGCACACUAGUGCAAGUAGAUAAAUAGGUACCACUGCAGCGGGAAGGUAAACAGCAUUUCUGGGCAAUUUGGUUACAUCACGGUGUCCUGUUGCGCCAAAAGCGGUUUAGUCCUGCUGGCCACAUGACCCGGAAAGCUGUCUGUGGACAAACGCCGGCUCCCUCGGCCUGAAAAGCGAGAUAAAGGCCACACCCCAUAGUUGCCUUCGACUGGACUUAACCAUCCAGGGGUCCUUUACUUUUUUUACCUAAAUGGUUAAACAAGCAAACUUGUGCCGGGGAUUGUGGUGGGGUGUGUGGAAGGGGAUAGCCUGAGAAAGUGGUGGAAGGGGUGGGAUUGGGGCCAGGAGCAGGAGAGGCUAGGUGCCUUCAAGCUGGGGUGGAGCUGGAGGGGCUUCAUGAAGUUGGCCUAGAGGCCUCACCUUCUGUGGGGUGUGAAACACAGAGCAGUCAAAUACAACAUUCCUAGAGUGGACAUAAAAAGGGGAUGUCUGGACCAGCCAGUCAGAACUUCCGGUUUCCUCCUGGGCUGGGACAAACUUCCUCUACAUGUGACCAGAGGUGGGUGUGACCUCACCUGUGCAGGUAACAAAAUAGCACAGGGGAGGCAGCCAUCUCUCUCUCUGACUCCAUUCCUUGAAAUAGCAACAUCUCCUUAGCCUGAGAUGCUCAGCCAAGAAAGGACAAAGAAACUACGGUAUCUCCUUAUGGGAUAGAUUCCACGUGUAUAUAUUUUGUAACCUAAGUCUGCCUUCUGGGAUCCUUCUGUGAACAGAAUGUGAGUAAACUAAUUUAUAUACUUUUAUACAAGACUGUGUCGUGUCUAUUCUUUUUAAGUGGGAAUAAAAGGGGAAUUACCAGGAAACUUAUUUUAGAGGCUUAUGCAAGCCUGGCAAAGACCUAUCCACUGUGUAAGUUUAAAAGGGGAAUGUUACUCUGCUAAGUUGUAGAACUUGUUAACACAAGUUGGGAAGGAUAUAAUUAAACAAUAUAUCCUCUCCUGCCUCCCUGAACAUUCCCACACCUUCACCCCCUCCAGAAAAAGGGUCUCUGCCACCACCGUGACUUCACUGCCACAGGCCCACCCACUCAGGGGCUCCCAGGAGGGCGAGAAUGGUGCUAGCUGUUAUUCGGCCUCGGUCCAGUAUACCUGAAGGAGCGUCUCCACCCCCAUCGUUCUGCCCGGACGCUGAGGUCCAGCUCCAAGGGCCUUCUGGCGGUUCCCUCGCUGCAAGAAGCCAAGUUACAGGGAACCAGGCAGAGGGCCUUCUCGGUAGUGGCACCCGCCCUGUGGAACACCCUUCCAGCAGAUGUCAAAAAGAUAAAUACCUACCUGACAUUUAGAAGACAUCUGAAGGCAGCCCUGUUCAGGGAAGUUUUUAACAUGUGACAUUUUAAUGUAUUUUUAAUCUUUGUUGGAAGCCGCCCAGAGUGGCUGGGGAAACCCAGACAGAUGGGCGGGGUACAAAUAAAUUAUGAUGAUGAUGAUGAUGAUUCCUGCAUUGCAUGGACGACCCUUUGGGUGCCUUCCAACUUUACAAUUCUAUGAUGGCUCUUCACUGGAAAGCUAUCAUCAUUUGCAGGUGGUUUUCCAUAGCAUGAUAUGUGAUCUUGGAUGCAUGCCUUGAGCAUGUGCAGAGUGGUUUUGCCUCACCACUCAGGAGUGCCAGCCUCACACUCACCCAGCGUCUGGGAUUUGGGGACAAGGAUUCCAGGCCAAGAGCGUGUGGCCCCCUCUCCCUCUCAAGUGACUGCAAGCAGGGGCGGGGGGGGGGGCGCCCCUGGAAGCCAUCCUAGCAAGUCUAAGGCAGCGGGCACUGGCCUGCAGAUUCUCUGGCCACCAGGAGCCCUGGGCCUCAGGGGCAAGUCAGCCGAGGCUGGCAGAGGCAGGUGGGCCCUCACAGCUGCCCACGCCCCUCCUCCUGCUGUGAUUGAUGGGACAGAUGCAAGCAACCCUGGGACUCCAUCCAGCUGCUGUGAGCAUGAUGCUAGAACUCCUGUCUACCUCCCUCCCCCCCUUUGAUUUGACAGCUAUGGAAAGGGGCUCUAAAGCCCCAGCACAUCUGGCUGGUGUGGCCCAGCCGCCUCCUGCAUGGUCUCCCUGGCACAGAGUCCUGGCACACCCUGAGCAGCCCGGUGGCCACCAACAGACAUGCCUGGGCUUGUGCUGCGCCCCCAUGUGCUCACAUGCUCCUGCCAGCAUCCCUUUGACCUUUUGGCGUACAUGAUGUCGAUGCCUUAUGAUCUCUCUUGGACUUGGCAAUGGGAGCACUUGGCAGUGUGGCAGUGUGGCAGGAAAGGGGCAAGAGGAUAUGUGCCCACACUAAUUCCUGGGUGAUCCCCCAGACAAGGUUAAACACACAUGGUGUGAAACACACAUGUGUGUUUGUGUGUGUGUGUGUGUGUGAGAGAGAGAGAGAGAGAGAGAGAGAGACAGACAGACAGACAGACAGACAGACAGACAGACAGACAGACAGGGAUUGAUUCAGAUUGAAUGGGAAGGUGGUUGGUGUGCCUGAAAGAUGUAAAAACGUUAUCUGGGUCAGGAAGGAGCUUGUGUGAAGCCAAGCAGGAAGGAAGUUGCGAUUUCAUGGAAUGGUAGAACUGUAGAGUCAGAAGGGACCCUGAAGGCCAACUCCUGCAAUGGAGGAAACACAACAAACAAAACCCAUUUUUUUGGGGGGGGGGUUUGCCCUGCAAAGCCAAAAAGCAAAAGGACUCCUCUCCAAGAAUGCAUGCAAUGGGCUCAUUUUAGAUGGAUUAGGCCCCCUUUCAACUUAUCAGGGGUCCAGCCCAACAGGACAAAUGUUAAGGAUGGUAGGAGAGGAUAUAUUGUUUUGAUAUUAUCCCUCCUCACUAACUUAGAAUCCUUUAAUUAAGCAAUCCAGUCUGGCUUGUUCCUGGUAAAUUCCCCUUUAUUCCUCUCUUAAACUAAUAAUAACACAGCACAAUCUUCUUUAAAAGUAAGAAUAAAGUUUUACUCACAUUCAGUUCACAGCAGGAAUCUGAAGGCAGGCUUCAUCUUGCGGUUACAGUGAAAAGAAGUCUGAGCUACAUCUCAGACUUUCUGCUUGUGGGCUCCAUCCUGUGUGAGGGUUGAGCCAUGCGCUGGCUAAGAGCCAGGAAAGCAAGAGGCCAAGAGAGAGAUGGUUGCAUGGCCAGCCCUUUUACCUGGUCAGCUAGGGUCAUGCCCAUCUACCUGGUCACACACGGGGUGGGGGGGUGGGGUGGGGAGAUCCAGAGCAGGUAUGACAGGAAGUUCUCCCUGCCUGGAGCCACAUUCCCCUGGCUGUUCAUUCCAGGCAACAGGAAAAGGUUGUACUUGACUGUUCUACAUUCCACAACAACCACCUGGAGGUGUAAUUUGAGACAGGGUUGAGCUGCGCUCAACAAUGCAGGCACACCUGAACAUGCAAUGUAAUCAUCAAGGGUGCCUCUGGGUACAUGCAGAGUUCCUCUGUCUUGUGGCUUAGCUUCACGUUGCUGGUCACAAGACAAAGGCACUCCAGUCAGAGGUCUUGACCCUGGCACCUCUCCUUUUGGAGAAGAGUAAAAAUAAAGAGACCCCUGACCAUUAGGUCCAGUCGCGGACGACUCUGGGGCUGCGGCGCUCAUCUCGCUUUAUGGCCGAGGGAGCCGGCGUACAGCUUCCGGGUCAUGUGGCCAGCAUGACUAAGCCGCUUCUGGCGAACCAGAGCAGCGCACGGAAACAUCAUUUACCUUCCCGCCGGAGCGGUAACUAUCUAUCUGCUUGCACUUUGACGUGCUUUCGAACUGCUAGGUUGGCAGGAGCUGGGACCGAGAAACGGGAGCUCACCCUGUUGUGGGGAUUCGAACCGCCGACCUUCUGAUCGGCAAGUCCUAGGCUCUGUAGUGAUAAAUGAAUGGGUACCACACAACCCUUCUGUCUCAGGGCACCACAAUGUCCCAGCUAGUUACUGAAGGAUGCUGAGGUUUGGCCGGGCCAUAACCAGAAAAUACUCAGUAAUUUCCUAUCCUAUCAACAAAUAAAUAAUAAAAUCCCAAUGUUGUGUGUCUGUGUGCUUGUGUUUGGCUGUGCAUGUUAAAGACAGUUUGCCUUGGAGCACGCAUGUUCAUGUGAAUUGCCAUGUGUGUGUGUGUGUGUGAGAGAGAGAGAGAGAGAGAGAGCGCGCGAUCCAUUUCAUUUCUUCCAUUUUUCUCCUGCUCUGUCUUCCACCAGCUGGCUCCCAAAGAGAUUUCCCAUAAUGAAAUAAUCAAAUUCAAAUACAACAAAAGCACAUGGCUUGUGUGUCAGUGCAACACCCACGGGGCACGCAGUGUUGAUUAGGUGGGUAUACUCGCUUGCGCCUGGGCGGAGCUGUUCCCGGGACGCGCUGCUGAUUGCCUCCUUGAUGAGCGCGGAGGUGUUUUGCAUUUAUCUUUCUCUGUAUCUUUAUGGUGGUGGCCGGAGGACCCUGGUUUGACCCCUCUAUUAUAUAGCUUAUGAGAUCAGUUUGGGGGGGAAUGGGGAAGGGACCCCCCCCCGCCUGAAGUAGCCCUGCAGAGUCACUGGCCAGGCAGAGGAGAGGACGAUGCAGCUUGGACAGAGAAAUUGUUGUUUAGUCCUUUAGUGGUGUCCGCCUCUGGACCAGAGCACGCCAGGCCCUCCUGUCUUCCACUGCCUCCCGCAGUUUGGUCAAACUCAUGCUGGUAGCUUCGAGAACACUGUCCCACCAUCUCAUCCUCUGUCGUCCCCUUCUCCUUGUGCCCUCCAUCUUUCCCAGCAUCAGGGUCUUUUCUAUGACCUAUGAGUUAUAUGACCUAUAGCUAUGAGCUAUGCUCAUAGUGGAGAGUUUUGACCGAACGUGAUCCACCUGGAGCAGGAACCGGCAAGCCACUCCAGUAUCCCUGCCAAGAAAACUCCAUGGACAAGGACAGAGAAAUAGUCUUAUGUAUUUUAAAGAUAGUUCCCGGAUUAUGUCUGGGCCAGCCUUAUAUCUUAGCACAUGAAUAAAAACCAUUUAAAACAACAGUGAAGGAUUAAAAUACAGUACUUUCAAAGCUACUCAUGUUUCUCAUUUAAAACUGAGACCCAGCAAUGGAGAAUAACUCUGGCUGGGGAGGGCGGGGUAUAAAUAAAAAAAUAUUAUUAUUAUUAUUAUUAUUAUUAUUAAAUGUCCAACCCGAUUUAAAUAAUUCUUCUACCUCAUCUUCUGAAGACCUUUUGGAAUAAGACAGUUACACACACCAAGGCAGGAUGGAACCCAUCAGGGGACGAGGAUGGAAUUGGUUGCCAGCUGGUUCCCAGUUCCUCAUUCUUAGGAAAGGUCCAAGCGGAACUCAACAAGAACAGCCAAUAAUCUUUAUUUUAUUUAGUAAUUUAUUAAAUUUGUAUUCCACCCUUCAUUGGUAGAUCUCAGGGCGGUUCACAACAUAAAAAUACAAAAUAAAAACACAAAAUAUGUAGUAGAAAAAAGAGCAAACACACACAGAGACUAACAAACCCCUUCCUUCAUCUUUGGCUACGUCACAUAUUUCCAUAACGGGAGGUGGGACUCUUGUCAAGGCCACACCAGCUUUCAAGAUGCUCUAAGGAGGGGUGUUCUGAACAUGAGACUGUUGACAGGCUGGGCUCCACAGGGGGGGCUCGGUGACCUCCUGGCCCCUCAGCCACCUGCAGCAGAGGAGCAGGAGCCACCUCAGGAGCCAGCGAAUCUAAGCUUCUCCACCUGUCCCCAGGCCUUCCUCAGGUCUGCUCCAUCUCCUCCUCCUGUCGAAAACCUCGGAUUUCCAUGUGCAAAACUGUCCCCUCCCGCUGCUUCCAGGACCGGGCAGCCUCCUUGGGGGGCCAGGAGACGAAGCUGGCAGGAGGAACGACUCAGCUAAGGGCAGCUUCCCAGCCCUUUGGCAGAAAUCUAUUUCCGUUACUUCGGGGUCAGAGGAGCGGAAGAGGCUGGUAUCUUCCCAGGACUUGCAGGUGUUUCUGCCCUUUAGAUGGGGGCCCCGAGGUGUGUGUGUGGGGGGGUAUAAACCAACUAACUAAAAAUAAGUAUGGAUUGGGUCCACAGUCGGAGGCCGGACGUGCUUUUGAAUGGCUGGGAAGCGCAGGCGAGGAGAGUUCGGCUGCUGCUGCGCUCAGGCCCCGCUUUGGGGCCUCAGUCUGGCCACUGGGCGAGCAGAGAAGUGGGAGAGAAUCCUAGAGUCGGAAGGGAUCCCCAAGGGUCAUCUAGUCCAACCCCCAGCAAUGCAGGAAUCACAGCUAAGGCAGAGAAGGUCGGAGCUGGCCUUGCGCCUUGUUCUCCGCAGGUGCUGUCUGCAAGCAUCGGAUCCUGGGCUGCGGCUGAACCCAGCUUGAAGGAGCCCAUCUCAUUCUCCCUCCCCUGCCUCGCACCCGCAGCUGAUUUGCCGACACGGACGUAGUGUCUGCUCACACGUGUGUGUUGACUCCUAGGCACCUCGCAGCCUUUGAGGCCUCAUUUGGCUAGAAGUGGAGAGCGGUGGGGAGGAGCCACUCCAAGCCCCGUUUGCCCCUUCCCAGCGUGACCCUCCCGGCAGAUGGUGCGAGAGGGGGCGUCCCGGAGCUCCCAUUUGCUCCCCCGCCAGCGCGCAGCUCCGAGCACCCGGCGGGGCAGCCGUGCAGCUGCGGCGCAUUUCCGCACAGGCCUCCUCCCUCGGUGCCAACGGCGCCCCCCCCCCGCUCAUCUAUUAUUUAGCGGCUCCAUUUCAAUAAUGCAGAUCUGGCGGGUGUAAUUCAAUUAUGUCCCUGAGCCGGGGGGGCUCGGGGGGAGGGCUCGGGAGGGCCGCGCCUGUUUUCGGAUGGAAAUUGCUUCCAAAUGAAUUUCCCUUUAAUAAGGGGAAUGGCUGGGCGCAAAAUUAAGCUGUCAAUAAGACGGCGAGGGAACAGCAGGCUUCGGCAAAGACAGCCGCUUUCACGCCUUCCGAGGCUGCGGAGAGGCCAGCGGGGUCAGCGGAGACGAGCGGCGGCUUUGAUCCCGGCUCCUCCGCAGCGCGGCGGGGAAUUCCCACCGGCGGCUCUGGGACAGCCCAGCGCAGCCCCCCGCCUCCCCCUCCGCCGGGCCAGGAGCCGAAGGGGCUCUCCACUCUGCGCCAGCUAGAUAGCAAGGAAUGCAGGAAGGAUACUGAAUCAGACCAUCAGUCCAUUUAGCCCCGUAAUGUCUGCACUGACUGGCAGCAAAGCAGGCGACACUUGCCCGCCUCUCGUGGCCCAGAGCCUCCCGCAGCUCAGCCCUUGAGGUUAGGCUCAGGCGGAUAGCAUCUGUGCCCGGGGCGCAGCAGGCCCGGGACCGGCAUUCCCUCUCCCGGGCGCAGCGGCGAUUCUGGGCUCCGGCUCUCACGUCAGCACAGCCCCUCCUAGCAGCGGAAGGCCCGUGACCCAGGCCCACCACUCGGGGGUUUGCAUCAACCCGCUCCCACAGGAGGCAGUGAUGGCCAGCGCCGUGGAUGGCUUUAAGAGAGGACUCUAUAGAUUCCUGGAGGUUGUCCACGGCCAGGAAAGCUGUGCGCUCUACCUUCACAGCUGGAGACAACGGUGCUUCUGAAAGCCUGUUGCUGGGAACCGCAGGAGCUGCGAGGGCUCUUGUGCGCAAAUCCUGCGUGCUGGUUUUUCAUAAUGGGCAUCUGGUUGGCCACUGUGAGAACAGGCCCCCUUUGGCCUGAUCCAGCAGCUUCUUCCUUUGUUAAUUGCCUUUGCUGUUCCAGACAGAGGCCCCCCUUUGUUCUGCUGCCCGGCUGGAUAGAUCUUGCGACCGCAGCGCAGCCAUAUCAUCCCGCAGGCCGCUGACAUCAAGCCGGGGAGGCCAGCUCACCUCUUUCUGCGGGGCGGGCUGGCUGCUUGCGGGGGCUCUGCGAAUAGGGUACGAACUGGAGCAAUGUACAGUGGUACCUCGGGUUAAAUACUUAAUUCGUUCCGGAGGUCCGUCCUUAACCUGAAACUGUUCUUAACCUGAAGCACCACUUUAGCUAAUGGGGCCUCCCGCUGCUGCCACGCCGCAGGAGCACGAUUUCUGUUCUCAUCCUGAAGCCAAGUUCUUAACCUGAAGCACUAUUUCUGGGUUAGCGGAGUCUGUAACCCGAGGUACCACUGUAUUUUAUUUCCUUCCCGCGCUCUUGCCCACGCCCUGCUUGGUGGAACUGGGGGGCGGAGUCUUGCCCCCACCCCGCGCCCGACAGCCGCACCCAAACCCCAAACCCCUUGGCUUCUCGUCAGUUUUAUUUGUGAUGCGCAACUGAGUGUUUGACUCGCUUUUUAUUCGCCCUUAAUUUUGUUGAACGAUGUUUGCACUUUUAUUGUUCUAAUGCAUUUUCUUUUUUGACAGUUGGCUAGUCAAUAUCCUCCUCCUUUUGCAGAAGGGGAGCGAAGACAUAAAGGGGUUCCCUGACACCCCCCAAAAAAAUUUACGGCGGAACAAGGCAGGACCUGAAUUCACUUGGCACCAGGAAGGGCUUGGAAGAGUCUAAGAAGCAGGCAGGCGGCCGACCCGAGGGGACUUUGCCUAAGAGGGUGGGUGGUAGUCACGAGGUUUGUUGUCCUCGUUAAACUGGGGCGGGGUCUCUGGGGUAGGUCGGCUGCUUCCCCCCUUCCCUUCCAGACCCAGUCGCGGCUUCUUGUUCUGCCCACGCUUGGCGCGCGCAAAGGUCCCCUGAGGAGCUCAGUGCUUAUACAGCCAACGUCCAGGCGUCCUAAAUUAUUGUGAAAAGACAGGACCCGAUCCACCGCGACUGCUGCUAGACAAGCCCCGUUGAAAGGAAUGGGGUCGUGUACCAAUAGGUCCCGCCCCCCAAUUCCAGGGCUGCAUCUUUCUGGAUCGGUCGGUCCCCGGAGUGGAUCCAAACCAGUGCGAGGCCAACCGCUUGGAAGAUUCAGUUUCUCCUUACAGAAACCUUUUGCUUCCUCGAGAACCCAGAAGAGGUGAAGCCGGGUCAGUUCAGCCGUGGCAGACGCCUCGCCGGCCUUCGCGAGCAACGGUGGAGCCCGAGGGGUGAUCCUGAGAGAAGCCAGGCCGCCCCUCAUAAAAGUGGCUUAUAAACUCAACACCUUGAACUGCGUCCAGGAACAGGCCGCCCAGCAAAAGCGGGGAGGGAAGUCCUUGGGUGCGGAGAUGCUCCUGCUUCGAGGGCGGUAGCAGCGCGGGAUUGCGCGCUCCC